GAUCCAGUCUGGUUCGUACCUCAGUACCGGUUGGUUCACUCUGAUCCUGGCCAUGGACAUGUGUAAAGAGAUCCACGUCUACGGCAUGAUCAACGACACCUACUGCAAGUCAGAGGGGUACCGUAAGGUCCCGUACCACUACUAUGAAGCCGGUAGUCGUGAUGAGUGUGCAGAGUAUCUCCUCCACGAGAGCGCUCCGUACGGCGGCCACCGUUUCAUCACAGAGAAGGCCGUCUUCGCCAAGUGGGCCAGAACACACACCAUUAAGUUCUACAACCCGCCAUGGAAACUGUCGUGACCAGGAGGGACCGCAGAUAGCCGGGAGGUCUGGAGGAGGCCCAUUAUUGAUGACAUCACACAGCCGUGUCCACCUCAUCAUCCAGGGACAGGGAGAACGCAGGGCCACUACCGUUACACCAGAGCAGUGUCCCAAAUGACACCCUCUCCCCUAUAUAGUGCACUAUCGGGCCCUGGUCAAAAGUAAUGCACUAUAUAGGCACGUCUCCCUCCCUUGGCGUUGUCUAGGUGUAUAUGACACUGAAAUGUACAGUCAGAAUGCGCACAUCGUUCUGCAAUCCCAGUCCGUCCAUUACCACUGAGCCUGUAGUCUGAGGGGUUGUAAUUCCCGUCCCACUGCUUGCCUGACUGUAGCACUGAAACCAGACACCCAUCCUGGGCUGAAACCGAGAUGGUAGAGGGUGGUCCCUCCAUGUCCCUCCAUGUCCUCACUGAGCCAUGAACCAAGGCCUUCUGUUCACUAAAAUAAUCUGGCCACUGCAGGACAGGCUCAUCCAUCUAUCCCAUUAGAAAAACAACAUGAAGAAGAAACUAUUUCUCCACUCAUUGAAUGUCUGUUGUCAUCUUCUAGAACUCUGUUGUCAUCUUCUAGAACUCUGUUGACCUCUUCUAGAACUCUGUUGUCAUCUUC